CGACCACAAACAACAACAUUGUUCGACGAUGCAAGCCGACGCGCAAGUCGCUGUCGACGUGGCCGGCGAUGGCCGCGAUCCCAUCAACGCGCAGGCCUCGUCAACGCCCCGCGCCUCCAUGGAGCAUGAGCCGCGCGUCUCGAUCUCGUCUAUCUCGCUGGCCCACAUGCAUCGCGGGACGUCCAACGAGUACGCGUUCGAUGCCACGUAUGACACGUACCGCCCGUCGGCGCUGCCACCGAUCGACGGCAGCAACGAGCCAACGGCGGUCAUCGGCGACUUGCCGCGGUCGCCCGAGCGCAAGUGGCAGUGGGAGACCAUGGUCGACGCGCGCGAAAGCAGCUCUGGCCGGUCGUGCGACGCGAUUUUGUAUGCGCUCUUUCGCAGCUCGUGGAUCUACCUCGUCGUACUCGGUGUCAUGGCCUCCGUCACGGCCUUUGGCGUCGACGCAGCCGUGCUAGGUAUCACGGAGCUCCACGCGGUCGUGACCAACCUCGGGUCCAACUUUGUCUCGCGCUUCCUCCUCUACGUCGGGUACCGCGUGUGCAUCCUCAUGCUGGGUGUGACGCUCACGUUCUUCAUUUGCCCGAGCGCCGCCGGCUCUGGCAUUCCAGAAAUGCGAUCCAUCCUGGGUGGGUUUGUGCUGCCGCACUACUUGUCGGGUCUCGCGCUCGUCUCCAAGUUCCUCGGUCUUGUGUGCGCCCUCGGCAGCGGCCUCUCGAUCGGGAAGGAAGGGCCUUUCGUGCACUUGAGCUGCAUCAUUGCCAACCAGCUGCUCCAGUUGCCGCUCUUCAAGGACAUCAAGCGGUCGCCGGAUCUCACGCACCACGCGCUCUCGGCGGCGUGUGCGGUCGGCGUCACGGCCGCGUUUGGCACACCCAUUGGCGGCGUCCUCUUCUCGAUCGAGGUCACGACAACGUACUACAUGACGAGCAACUAUUGGCGCGCGUUCUUUUGCUCGGUCGUCGGCGUCAUCAUGUUUCGGUGGCUCAACGUCCUCAGCGGCAACGACCGCAACGCGUCGCUCUUUACAACUGACCUCGACUUUCACUCGGCGUCGUUUGAGACCAUCUUCUUCCUCUUCCUCGCGAUCGUCUGCGGCGUCCUCGCUGGCGUCUUUGUCCGCACAUUUUCGUGGUGUGUCAACGUCCGUCGCCGCAAUAUGGGUCUCUGGGGCGCCAAGCCCUUUCGGUACGCAGCGGCGGUCGGCACCGCCUUUGCGAUGCUCGACUACGCCUACGGCAACUGCAUGCUGCUUGGCAACCGGUCGAUCAUCGACGACAUGUUCCUCGCCAAGGACCUCGACCACUCGAAUCACACGCUACUGUAUGACAAAUUUGGCACCUACUGGGGCGCUCCGUCACUGCCGCUCAACCUCGGUCUCUUCUUUCUCAUUCGGUUCCUUGCGACGGCGCUCGCGGCGAGCGUCGGCGUCCCCAACGGCAUCUUUACCCCGGUGUUUGCACUUGGCGCAGUGCUCGGCCGUCUCUUUGGCGAGUUUCUCGCAUACGUAGCCCCGAGCGCCAACAUAGUGCCGGCGGGCUAUGCGAUCGUGGGCGCGGCGUCGUUCACGGCCGGUGUCACGGGCACAUUUAGCAUCGCGGUCAUUGUCUUUGAGCUCACGCAACAGCUGACGUACAUGAUCCCCGUCCUCCUCGCGGUACUGCUGGGGCGUGCGAUCGCGGGGUUUAUCUCGCUCGACAUGUACGAGACGAUCGCGCGCGACAAGAGCCUGCCGCAGUGGCCCGACCUCACGCGGCAGAGAUCGUAUGCGCUCGUGGCCACCGACCUCAUGCACGCGGUGCCGCCGUCGCACGUCCUCGCGCGGCGCCAGUCGCGGUCGUCGCUCGCGGAUUUUCUGAGCACUGCGCCGGCAACCGUCGCCCGCUUUCCCGUCGUGGACGACGAGAGCAACCGCAUCUUCCUCGGUGUCAUUGAGCGCGACGAGCUCGAGGCGCUGCUGCAGACAUGGAACCACGUCGUCGACGGCGUCGCUGGCCUCGUGCCCCGGCCUCACUUUGGCUUUUCGCCGCCGAAUGGCCAUGACAAUGCGUCCGAGUUUGCAUCGAGCCCCGACUCCGAGUCGGCGGCCCUCACGCCGCGGUCGCGCCACAUGGGUUUGACGAGCCAGCUCGCGAUCGCGGGCCUCACGAGCGACCAGACGCGCGACCUCCGCACGCAAGAACGCGUCGACCUUGUCGGCUGCGAGCUACUGAGUCUCGACGCUGAGAACGUGCACGUGCACCGCGAUACGUUUGCGUCCAAAGUGAUUUUGCUCAUCUCGGUCCACAAGACACCCGAGCUGUACGUGACGGGCAAAGGCCGGCUCGUUGGCGCCAUUUACGCCACCGACCUCGUCGCGCGGGGCCGGUCCUUUGCGCUUUAACGAAUUCUAUAACCAGUAUGUGCUAGCGCUCUUCUCCACCGCGCAAGCGACCAGGAUACAUAUUUCAUGCCCUUGCAAGCGACUGACCAUCGGC